GUUUCGCAGUGGUCGGGAAACUUGACCGAGUCGGUGGCGCUGCGCUCGGAAGGCCUUGCAUUGAAAAGCUGCAACGCGACUUUGUCCUCGUGCCGCUUCUUUGUCCUGCACAUGUCUGUCUCCCACCUCGGCACCGACCUUUGGAUACAAGCGCUGCAGCAUUUCAGCCCCUCGGAUCAAGCCAAUCUCUUGGAGCGGCCAGCAGCGCUGCAUGCUGGCGGUUUGGCCAUCGUCUCCCGAUCUCGGAGGAGAGGUGCAUGCUCUCUUGAAGUUGAAGUGUUUCCAGCAUCGACCCUGUCGAGUGGGACCUCCGUGUCUGCAAAUGCAUCUGAUCGUGCCCGAGUGGCGCUACCGUCCGAUCCUUGCGAGGAAGGGCUGGGCCAAGAAAUGCUGGUGGAGACAGUGGUGCACCAGGGAACAGAAUUCCUGCUCGUUUUCUCAGACGCUGCCCUGCAUCGCUUUCCGAUUGUGCAAGGCACGGUGGGCCGGAUGGCCUCCCAAGUGUUUCCGCCGUCAGAAACGGCGGCAGCUGUGCUGGUUUUACCAGAGAAUGUGCUGGCCGUGGCCUUUGAGUAUUCCAUCCGCCUCACGCGUUUCACCGAUGGCAAUCUUUCCUGGCUGGGAACGCCCCUGCAGGUGCGAGAUGGUAGUAUAUCCCUGUUGGGCAUGUUCCCCUGGGGAAG